UGAGCUAAACAGAUACCAGAGUUUCCUUGGAGCACGGCCACACCUAGCACACAGGUAGCCCCGGCGCCUCCCCAUCCUCCCCAGAACCAGGCAUUCUUCUAGGGGAUUCUCCCCUAUCAGCCCCAUUCCAGGGCUGGUCCCUGCAGGCUCCUUGGUCCAGUUGGUCGUGCCUCGUAAGACCCAUCUUAGCACUCGAGAUCCAGGCAGGGAUUCUCGUUCAUCAUGUUUCCUGGUCAGGCACCUGUGUCUUUGAGUAUGUACAAAAGUUCCUACAUGGCCGACUUCAAAGACUUUAGCAAUUACCAAAUACCCUGGAAAAGUCCUGAGGAGCAAAUCAGGGUUGAAUCCCAGUUACGGAUAAAAGAAUUUUGCACGCCUGGUGUGCGUGUACCGGCAGACUUGCUGGCCAAAGGAUACCCAACUGCCAAAGAUGUCCAGGUGCCAGCACAAGGCUUAGGUCCCCCUGUCCACCCUGACUUACAAGUCCAGCAGCCUGGAAUUUACCACAAUCUGGCCAAAGGAUACCCAGCUGUCAAAGAUGUCCAGGGGACAGCACAAGCCUUAGGUCCCCCUGUCUACCCUGACUUACAAGUCCAGCAUCCUUGUUGGACAGAGUCUGGAAUUUGCCAUAGUCUGGCCAAAGGAUACCCAGCUGUCAAAGAUGUCCAGGGGACAGCACAAGGCUUAGGUCCCCCUGUUCACCCUGACUUACAAGUCCAGCAUCCUUGUUGGACAGAGUCUGGAAUUUGCCAUAGUCUGGCCAAAGGAUACCCAGCUGUCAAAGAUGUUCAGGGGACAGCACAAGGCUUAGGUCCCCCUGUUCACCCUGACUUACAAGUCCAGCAUCCUUGUUGGACAGAGCCUGGAAUUUACCAUAGUGAUUAUAAUCCUUCCUCGGACCCAAAAGUACAAGAAGGAUCCCAAAUCAGAUAUCAACCUAAGAGAUUUCCCAAACCAAUAGAAUUUAAAUAUCCACUUCCUGAUCUUGGUGGCUACAAGGACCAGCAGGACCCACUGUGUCCUUCGGCGGAGGGACCUGUCCUUUAUCGAUGGGGACCCGAGAAACCAUUUUACGGAUAGUGACCUUGAGAGCCCAACAGAAAGCCAGUAGGAGAAUAUAUUCUGCAGCACUCACUGUUUCACUUCCUUGGAAUGUGGGGGUCAGAAUGAAAAUAAACCUUGAAAGUGUAA